AUGCACAUAAAGAUAAAAACACUCGAAGGGACUGAAGUACAAUUAGAGGUGGAUAAAGCAAUGAAAGUAAAGCAAGUAAAGGAAUUGCUACAAGAAAAAGAAGCAAUUUCCAUAGAACAGCAAAGACUUAUUUACGGUGGAAAACAGCUUGUAGAUGCAAAUACAAUAGAAACAUACGGAAUACAGAACAAUGACGUACUCCACCUUGUACUUGCACUUAGAGGUGGCUAAAUAUACAUAAAUUUAUGUGUUUCGGGUUAAUUCGGGUUAUCUCCUGUUCUUCCACUGGAAGUAUUGCUGUGAUGCCAUUAAUUCAACUAUUUGCUUAUACUUCAGUGACUCAACAAACUCCUUUGAAUCAAUCAGUAAGUCAAGAAUAUUCAAGCACUGUGGAAAGAAUAAGUAUUUUGCAAAUUCUGGUCUUUUCCAGUAUCUUAAAUAAGACAGGAACUCUCUAAAUUCGGGUUUGUUAAAAUACCCUUGUUGGUAUAAAUACUGAAGAUAUUGCGGAUUGCACAGGCACUGCAUAAAUUCUAAUUCUUCUACAAACCGAGACAUGCACAGAAUAAAAAUAAAACA